AUGGCUCAGUCACAUGAGCGAGACUUGGAUGAAGAAAAGCAUGCCUCUAAAAUCAUGCACACAUUGCUUGACAAGCAACAUAGAGCUUUGUUUCAACAUGGUCAUGCACAAAGAAAACCCAAUGUAUUGGAUGUUGUGUACUCUGAUGUUUGUGGUCCUAUGACCACUAAUACUCUUGGUGGUACAAGAUAUUUUGUCACCUUUAUUGACGAUCAUUCCAGGAAGGUAUUGGCUUACGCACUUAGAACAAAAGAUCAAGUAUAUGAAGUUUUCAAGCAAUUUCAUGCUAGAGUUGAAUGA